AUGACCAGUAAUGGUGACCUGAACGCAUCUCUCGACACCCCUCGAAGCCCGCGCAACCACGCCGGCGGCCCUGUCCAGCCUGCUCCCACGCCACCCUCGCCUGCGCCCAAAGAGAACCUGCCCGCCGCCCAAGAGAACCUGCCCGCCGCCCAAGAGAACCUGCCCGCCACCAAAGAGAACCUGCCCGCCGCCAAAGAGAACCUGCCCGCCGCCCACAAUGGCGACCACGACGAUAACGAGUCCGAGGCCGAGACCGUCGUCCUUUCUCGACACGACGAUUCGGGCGAGGCAAAGGUGAUCAAGACGGAGCGCGACGACGACGACGAGCCCGCACCCCUUGACUUUAUCAAAGAAAUCACGCACUCGCUCUCCCCGCAGAACGGCCGCAGACGUUCUAGCCAUGUCAAACACGCCAAACCAAAUGGACAUGCCAAGGAUACUUCUGACGAUGGCAAGAGCCCGGUGCCCACCUCUCCAAGCACGGCUUCGCGGCAGACCAAGGACACUAGCCCAGCUGCAUCGCCCGCCAACCCAACCUUGUCCCCUACGCAAGCCCUGACGAGAGGCCGCAGCGCUUCCACGGUCGAGAACCGAAAGCGCAAGCUGCGUGACGAGUUCAAGAACCUGGAGCCUCCACGCCAAAAAGCAAAGACGGAAGGGCUGAAGGAUCGCACACAGCCCAACUCGCCUGCCACGGGAGCUUUUGGCCGUCCACACAAGCGCUCGCAAUCGACACAAUCCAUGGUUUCUGGCGCCGCAGGACGCAAGCGCAAGGACGCGCCAGGUCUUGCUGUGUCAAUCGAACGCUACUCCGACUCUAGCUCCGAGCGUUCCUCUUCACCUCGAGCUACAGAUGCAAACCCACACACCCGUGUCAAGCGCGCCACACACCGAGCAUUGACCUCUCCUGCACGGACAAUGCCUCAUGGCCGGAAGACCGAUCGAUUUGGUGCGACGCGUCUGGCCAGAGAAAGCGAAAAGGGUGACUUGGACGCUGUCAAAGCAGCCUACGACGAAGCCGAAGGUGAGCUGGACCAAGCCGACUUUGCAGGCAUUACGCCCUUGCAAAAGGCUGCGUUGAAUGGAUGGGCCGAAGUCGUCGAGUUUCUCAUCGACAGGGGUUGUCGAACAGAUUGCGAAUCAGGGGACCGCGACACGCCUCUCAUCGAUGCUGUGGAGAAUGGGCACCUGGAGGUGGUCAGGCUCUUGCUCAGCAAAGGACACGUAAAUCCACAUCAUCAGAACAAAAAGGGCCAGCGUGCGAUCGAUGUCCUUGACCGCGAAGACGAAGACUGUGAGGAGAUUGAAAAGGAGCUCAAGGACGCCAUGAGACGCCAAACCGACACCUCGGUGACGGAGCCGCGAGAGAAACCUGGACAGAAGCAAGCGAAGAGUGCUUCACGACUUCUCUACAACGAAUACAACGUCGAAACAUUGAUCGAGAAGGCUGGAGAUGGCGACAUCCUUGCUGUUGGAGAGCUUAUCAAUAGUAACAUCAAGCCGAACAUUACUUGUGGCGUUGCCGCAGCAAGAGGCGGGCACUACGACAUCCUCAGCAUCUUGCUUGCCAGUGGCCUCAAAGCGGAUCCAGAUCCUUCCAAGCACCCGGAGACGCCGAUGACUGUCGCUAUUGGACGGGGUCAUAUCAAGAUUGUGUCUCUCUUGCUAGAACAGGACAACUUCAACCCGACCAGGCGGAACAAAGAGGGCAAGGCCUACUGGGAGAUUGCCGAGGAACGAAGGGGCCCAAAGUGGGAGCAGGAGAGGGACAUGCUAAAACAAGCGAGCGACGAACAUAGCACGACCCACCGAAGUCCAAGGAGGGCAAAGAAAGAGCCGCCAAAUCCGUCAGCAGCACGGUUCAAACGCAAAUCCUCUCCUCGCCGAGAGCGCUCACAUUCACCUCGGCCGGAUGCGAAGCGUGCUCAUCUGAAAAAGUCAGAGUCCAGCUCGGCGCCUCAGAAAGCCAGGCGCCUGAAGUCUGGCACAGAAGUAAAGAGGCGAAAGCGGGUUGUGGACGAGGAAUCUUCUGACGAUGAAAGCGAGGAUGAGGUACGAGCGCCUACACGAAAAGCUAAGCAACGGUCAUUCAGUGAAGGCGAAGAGGGCAAGCCUAUCAAAAGGCCGCUCAAGGCACGUUCGGACGACAACGAAUCAACAACACGCACAGCACGCGCAGGGUCGAAUGAGAGCGAUGAAGAAAAUGACGCCAAAUCAUCGCCGCCUAAAGUGCACAAGAAGAUCGAGAAGAUUGCCAGCGCCAGGCCCACGCCCGAGGUUGAAUCUACAGACGAACGCAAGCAAAUCAAGAACAAGAUCAAGUAUCGGCCGGUCGAUGACAAAAUCAAGAAGCGACGGUUGUCAGAUGCAUCGAUAGAUUGCCAUGUUGCCAAAAGAACACCCACUGCGUCCGCCAAAUCGACCCCUGCGCCUCCAGAAAGGAUUGCGACUCCAGAAGCACUGCGCGAGCGCCGCGCAGAAGAACAACGCUUGGAGGCAGAAGCUAAACGCAAAGCCCUGGAGGUCGAGGCACGCAAAGCAGAAGAAGAGGAGGCUGCUCGCAAGGCCGCGGAAGAGGAAGAAGCUCGGAAGAAGGCCGAAGCCGAAGCAGCGGUCAAGCGUGAGGCUGAAGAGGCCGAGGCUGCCCGUAAGCAAGAGGAGGAACGCGCUCGCAAGCAAGCCGAAGAGGAAGCUAAACGGCAAGAAGAACUUGCUGCACGACAAGCGCGCAUUGCAAGGCUUCCGCGAGCACUACGACGUGCCUGCGAGCUGGGAACUGAUCGACCCCUUCAUUUCUCUGGCGAGGAACUGGGAGUGUCACCAAUAUUCCUUCCCCUACUGUACGCCACGGCCAAGGACCUUCACGAUUCGAGUGCCGCUUUUGACAAGACCUACAUCUGCUCAUUCCAGGUUGUGGGAAUCCUUGGUCUACCCGAACUCGAUCUCGCUCAUCUGUCCGUUCCCUACUCCGACUGGAACCGCAUCCCUGUAACGCGCAAGCAGCGAGAUGCUAUCUUGCGGCAGUAUGAUGUUGCUCUACUCGCCCAAGACUUCCGUUUCCCAAUGGAAGGAUCACCAGACUUUGACUACCUCAAGAUUCAGGAAAGUAUCAGGGAGGCUAAGAACCAAUUUCUUGCUAUGGAUGGGCUGUAUUGGGUGGAAGAGUCGCUCUUGAUCUCGGAGGUUGAAAAGAUCGAAUCUCUGCAGCCUUUGCUCGGAGACAUCAAGUCCGAGUGCAAGAGGCGGCGCAUACAUGUUGUCGACCCGGACGAACACAAAGUGGAGAAGAAGCACAAGCCACGUAAGAGCUUCAUGGAUAUGGUCCUGGCGCAGAACAAGACAAAUGGCGUCGCCGUCAACAGCAAGGGGUGA